CUUCUCUGCCAAACUCAGUUGCCAUUGGAGAUUCAAUGGCUGCUAUUAUUCGUCGACACAUCAUGUUCAUUGCACUGGCCGCUAAAAUCAACAAGUGCCGCAGCAUAACCAUUUCUGCCACCUCUUAGAGAUUAUGAUUUUCACCACUAAAAUUACCAAUUUAGAUAUGUAUUUUAAAAAUAUAGUGUUAAUUGAUUUAAUUUCUGACCUUAAGUCGAUGAAUAUUAUGUCCAUUUACCAUAUUGUCUUUCUGGUGAAACAUUACAUGUUAAUAUUUCUAAACUUCAUAGGUUUUUUUUACAUUAUCUGAUUGUGCCUAUCAAUCUUUUAAGGCAAAUCUCGAUGUUACCCUUCUCAGAAGUCCUUGUCUAACAAAUUCAUAGGCAUGCUAAGCUGUUGUUGUUCAGAAAGUAAGUAUAGUAAGUUGGACGCACAGCUUGAAAAGAAAAUGAGUGAGGAAAAGGUUAUCAGAAGUUCAUCAGGACAGAUCAGUUUCAAUUCAAGCGAAAGCAUAUAUUCGUGGUUCCCUAAGUUCAAAGAAGGAUUGAAAAAAAUCAAAGGUGUAUUUGAACAAUAUGAUGAAGACUCUAAUGGUGCUAUCUCCCGUGAGGAACUUAGCAAAUGCUUAGGGAAAUUUAAUCUCCAACUGAAGGAGGAACGGAUUAAUGAACUAUUCAAUUCUUGUGACAUUGAUCAGAGCCAAGAAAUACAAUUCACUGAGUUUAUUGUCUUCCUGUGUCUCAUGGAUCUACUAGAAGAACCCUCCUCCUCCUCUUCUUUUAAGGUGAUUUCGAAAGAGCUCAAGGAAACUUUUGAUAGAAUAGUUGACGCAUUCUUGUUUCUCGAUAAGAAUGGUGAUGGAAAGCUGAAUAAGAAAGACGUGGACAAGUCUUUAAAUGAGUUUUAUCCUUGGGAGAAAUCACCAGGAAAUAUCUUGAAGAAUCCAUUCAUGGAGAUGGACCAGGACAGGAAUGGGAAGGUCGGCUUCAGAGAAUUUCUCUUUGCUUUGAUCAAAUGGGUUGGCAUUGAUGAUAGCAUUGAAGUUGAGAGGGACUCAGAUGAAGAAAUUAGUGACAUAGAGUAAAAGCAAAUGCACAACAAAAAGUAAACAAAGGGGAUAAUAGUCCAGCACGAGGUCGGAAUAGUGCAUAUUUAUGUAUAUAUAAACAACCCAAAUGUUACCUGAAACUGCUGUUGUCUUUAUGUAAUUCAUAUACGCUUUCUUUUCAAACAGUAGAAACAUGAACCAUUCAAUAA